UGACUCUCCGCGACUCCCCCAUUUGACGGAUCCAGCUACGGUGGUGGCGAUCCGCAAGCAAGUGAAGUCUGAAGUGACUCCACAACACACGGACUGCUGCCAGGUCGCUCGAAACCCAGCUGGGGGACACCUCUGGGGCCAUCAGACCCCGAAAGUGAUUCGAGUGCGUGUCGCGGGCUGCUCGAGGGUGCAGGUCCUCGACACCUCAGUGACAGCGGGCGGCCCCGAGCUGGUGGUGCGACUUUAUUUUUAGUAGGUUACUCGAGGGGCGUGAUCGAGUUUUGUGUCUGGCCAACGUCUGGCUGAUCGCGUCCGAACCCAGAAUAGAAGAUAGACCACUCGGACACGCACUUGUUCUCCUCGUCGGCCGCCCACCGACCGUCGGCCGAGGCGAGCACCGACGUAUACGUGCCCCAAGUAAGCACCAAUCCCCACCCUGGGUACCGCCAUUACGUGGUGGUCUCUCCGACCCGCAGCUGCUGUUCCAAAUCGCAACAAACUGUCCGAACGCCCGAUUUUCAGGUUCGGUGUCUCAAGUCGUCGCCCUCGGCCGCCAGCCCAGCCGCUUUCGGCCGUCGACCCAUCAGCCCAGUGUGUUUUCCAGGUGGAUACCCUCUCGUAGGAUACAUACAGUGUGCAACGUCAAUACCACAACCCUCUGCUUCUGCCGCCGUGUAAAUAAAAGGAUACCCAUUUGCAGAAAAGGCAGGAAAUGGUGAGCGAGGUGCAGCAGCGACUUGGCGAUCGCGAGUAAACAAGAGAGCCGUAAUUAGAGGGGUCCUUUGAGCGGGUGCAUCCGCUGAUAAUGACGGCGGCGCCGCAAUUAGUGGCCUGAGCGGAGCGGCGCCCCCUUCUCGCGGCCCCACGACGCGACCCCGCAGCAGCCCCCCAGCAUGCUGUAAGGCAGUGCCGGGUGCUGCAGCUCACUCGCCCUGGCCGCAAGUCUCUGAAAGGGUGGCCCUCCACUGGCCGCACUCACAGCCCGGCGCCGCGCAACCCUCGCUCGGCUGGGCUGGCGCGACCUGCCGGGCCACGUCGCCAACCCUUAAAGCACGGCGUUUCCACACAACAGCAUACGUCACAGAUGUCCUGACAGUGGGCCGGGGGCGUGUGGCAUGACAUCGGUGCCUGACGGGCAGAACCAAGACUACCGCCGACUGCUCGCCCUCCGCACUUCCGGCGCCACGCCACCUCCGUCAGAAAGGUUUCUGCCCAUAGCUCCCGCGCCACCCCCGGUCAAUGUCCAGUCGCAGCAGCCACCCCAGCCUUCGUCGGCCUCGGCCCAGGGCGCGGCGUCGACCGGCGGCCACAUCACCUCCGUCGGCGACGCGUACAUGAGGCGCGAGGCGCCGCCGCCCAGUUCUUCCUACCACUACCGCCUGCCCCCUCAUGUCGCCGCAGCCUACCAGGUUAACCAGAAUUAUGAUUGCGGAGGGUCGAGUAGCAGCUCGGGCAGCGGUCGGUCGCUGCCCCAUGUGCCUGCCGACUACCUGUCGGCCUCGCACUACCACCCUGCGGCGCACUCGAGCCACUACCACCAUCCACACUACAACACCAUCUCGCAUUCGAGCCACCACCACGGCUCGAUGCACCACCAUCCGCACCACCGCUCGCCGCACCACCACCACCCUGAGUACCGCCGCCACCUGAGCACGUCGCAAUGCCCUGGCGCCAACUACCUGCGCCACAGCUCCCGCAGCGCCCGUCUCGAGGAGUUGCUCAACUCGUCGGCCGCCAACUCGAGGGUCCCAAGCCCUCGUCUCCCGCCUACCCCGAGCACCCCGAGGACCACGCCGCCCCUGCAGACUCGCUCAUUGCCGUCCAACGACUCACUCGUGGACGCGCCGGCACUUGUAGAAACCAGGACGUCCCGCAGGUACCAACAGCAGGCUGUAUUAGAGCAGCAGCAGCAACAACAGCAGCAACAACAACAACAGGCCAACUCGCGAUUGUACCAAGACCCAAGCCCUGUGCCCUCACAACAGUCCUCCAGAUCGUACCAAUCGCAACAGCAGACGCAGGACUCGUCAUCCAACCUGUCGAGCGCAGUGCAGCCGUCGAGACCAGAAUCGAGGUGUUCAAUUAGUAGUGUGGCUGGAAGUGCGUCUGCGUUGCCCUUGGCCUGGCGGAAUGCAGUGUCAUCUGCUGCCGCGGCUGCCUCCACAUCAGUGCCUCCCUGCACUCCACCUGGUACAUCCCCUUCAGGACAAGCCACCCCAGCCUCCCCAGGCUCCAGUUCCUCUCCGUCUGCCUCCGCGGCCUCCAGCACAGCCUCCUGUUCUUCUCAAACAUGCUCCUCCGUCUCUUCGGUGUCCUCGGCCGCCUCAACAAAUCCUGCCACGACCACCUCGUCACUUGCGCCGAGUCCGCCUCAAAACCCGACAACUACCCCUCCUGUUCCUUCCUCACCCAUUGAGAGCACAACAGCAGACACCCCACGAGUGGCGCGGGCUGUUACAAGAACUGAAACAAUCAAAAACUACAUCAAACGAGGGACGGCAGAAUUCUUCGGACUUUGUGACAAUGACGACGAUGAAGAGAGGCUGCGGCUCAGGUGGCUCGAGCGACGCAAAAGACUUGCAGUGCGGAAGUGUGGACCUUUGCGAGAGGAAUGUCCUCCAGUGGCAGCAAGACAUGCGCCGGCCAGACAGAGGGCAGCGCAGGUCGCAUCAAGACCUGAUGUUCUUCCAACCGACUCGCCCGACCACCCUGGCAGUAGCAAUGGGGAGCCUGAGGGCAGUCGAUGGACUGAACCUCCAGUCAGGCGAAAAGAAUCUGUGGCCAGAAUGGCACUCGGCGGUCUUGGAUAUGUGAUUACGACCCUCACUAGGCACAGAGCAAGAGCGACUUCACGCAGCAGAGAGUGGUCGAGAAGCUACUCUCCAACAGCAGCUCUUGAUCCGCCUCAGCAACAACCAGCAACACCACCAAGACUCUUCCAAGAUGAAGUUUUCUUUGAUAAACCGGCUUCAGUUAGUGGAGCGCACGGCGAGGGUGACGCCAGUGGAAACAAGGCUCAAGAAGAAAAAGCAUCUUCGGCCUCAAAUUUGCACACGGCUGCAUUGGAAUCUAGUUUUAGACCUGGUCAGCAAAGUGGGGCGCCUGAGGAUCUUCAGGACGACCCUGACCACAGACCAAUUAGAGAUCACAGAUCUUUUUCAAGUGAUAGGGCGCACAGUUGGCGACGAAGUAGACAAGAGCCUGGUGCCGAGGCUACUUCUGCAGAGGUUGGUGCUUCUCGAAUAUGGAGCCAUGUCCUGGACAGAGCGCUCGACAACUCUGACCGCAGACAAUACGGCAUGGGCUUUGUUGGCAGAUUUUUGAGCAGACGCUCAAGAAAGCGCUCAAAUGUCCACCGUCACAAGAGGCAGUUGGACGAUAUGGAAGACUACAGACCUUUCUUUACGUACUGGGUAACGACCGUGCAUGUCAUGGUCAUGGCCUUAUCUCUCCUGUGUUAUGGACUGGGUCCACUUGGCAUUGACCUCAAUCAACGAUCUGGCCUGGUCAUGGUGCCAAGCUUGUCUUUGCAGCAGGUUGACUACUUGGAGCCUGCUAACUUCUGGAUAGGACCUAGAGCUGCUGAUUUGAUACACCUGGGAGCCAAGUUUGCGCCCUGUAUGAGGAAAGACCAUAGGAUAUGGAGAAGAAUUAAUAAAGCAAGGGAGAAAGAAAGAGAAACAGCUUGCUGCAUCAGAAAUGAUGAUUCUGGUUGUGUGCAGUCAUCUCAAGCAGAAUGCUCACUACGAGGAUUGAGACCAACGCAGACGAUUUCCACAUGGAAAAAGUGGUCUGCAGGCGAUUCAGGACCAGGAGGUCGAAUCUCGGGUUCAGUCUGCGGCCUCGAUCCCAAAUACUGCGAGGCGCCAGCGUCCAUAGCUCCUUUUGAGUGGCCGGACGACAUCACCAAGUGGCCAAUUUGCAGAAAGCCAAGUUCAGUUGUGCAGAGGCGCGGAGUGAACGGCGUGGGCACCCAGCUGCGCAGGGACAAGACAGCAGAACACAUGAUCUGCGAGGUUAUAGCCCACCCCUGCUGCAUAGGCAUCCACGGCGCCUGCUCCAUUACAACCAGAGAAUAUUGUGAUUUCGUCAGAGGAAAGUUUCACGAGGAAGCCUCAUUAUGCUCACAGGUAUCAUGCCUUGACGAUGUGUGCGGCAUGAUCCCGUUUUACAACCCUGACAGGCCAGACCAGUUCUACAGACUCUGGACGUCAUUGUUUUUACAUGCAGGAUUUGUACAUUUGCUGAUGACUCUGGUAGUCCAGUUGUGCAUAAUGAGGGACGUUGAGCGAAUGACAGGCCCGCUGCGCAUGGCACUUAUUUACUUGGGAUCAGGAAUGGGAGGCAACCUUGCAAGUGCUAUCUUUGUUCCAUACAGAGCAGAGGUUGGUCCUGCGGGUGCUCAAUUUGGUUUGCUGGCCUGCCUUAUGAUAGAGGUACUGGACGUUUGGCCAAUGCUGCGUCGACCGGAGCAGGCAUUACUGAAGUUGCUGGCGGUGGUGGCUCUGCUACUGCUGCUGGGCCUCCUUCCGUGGGUGGACAACUGGGCGCACGUCUUUGGCUUUGUGUUUGGACUUCUGCUGUCGUCGGCCCUGCUGCCGUUUGUGACGAUUGGCUCGGCUCCGUUCUCAAGGCACAGGAAGCGCUUGCAAGUGUGGUUGUGUCUGGGAGGCGCAGUGCUUUUAUUCUUAGCGCUCGUAGCAAUAUUUUAUCUCGUGCCAGUGAUAGACUGCCCGUUGUGUGAUUUGUUCAACUGUCUGCCAAUCACGUCACAAUUCUGUGCCGAGCAGGAUAUUAACUUUGGCAGGGACGAGAUUGUAUGACGUCGACCCCCCUCGGUGCUGCAUCAUCAUCAGCACCAUCGAAGGCCAUGGCGCACCUAGGGGGGAAAUUUGCAUAACUUCGAAGAUUUUGUCUCUCUCAGUCGUAAAAAUCUGCACUCGUCUCAAAACAUCAGACAUAGCUUGCAAAAAGAAUCCAUUCUACUCCUUGUUGGAAUCAUUGAGUAUUCUACCUUUUGUUUUGAAAUUGGCCUUUCCUCCCUGUUCCUCUGGAGAACAAGCAAGAAAACGCUACAUUUUCUUCUAGAUGAUCGAAAGCCAAGAAUAUUAAUGUUGUCCUUAAUUGCAAGUUAAAGGAAGUCAUCUGCCUGUGUAAACCGUUUCGGUGAAACGCCUCUUAUUAUGCGACAAAAGAAGAAGUUGGAAGUGUAAAUUUGUGGAAUUGGCGAUUGCGCGCGUAUUGUUACAAAAUUAUGAAAGAGUCGGCCACUAUUACUCGUGUUACAUGAAAAUGGUUGGGAUUAAGUCAUUAAGAAAAACUUUGAACAAAUCAAGUGACAGUUGUUUGUGAUAUGUGAGACUUAUACUUUUUAUCCACAGUGCAGCCGUGUGAUAUCAACUACUGGAGUCGUUGAAACUAAUUCUCAAUGAGUGGUGUGUUAUAGCCUAAAGUAUUUGACACUACAACAUUGACGACAACAUUGCAAGGCAAUUUACUAAUGAGACUAUCAUUAAUGUAGUCAGAACGGUGUUAACAUUGAAUUACGGUGGUAAACGAGGAGAAAUUCGGAUAAUGGACAAGUUUGUUGUUUUCUGUUGUUAUGCCAUUAUUAUAAGUGAACGUGAAAAUACUUCCCACCUUGCGUCACAUCCUAAUUACACACAGCAAUCUUACUUAUCAUAUAAACAAGAAAAUUAUUAACGAAUGAAAUCACUCAUGUUUCGCCAACACUUCUUGCUGGCAAAUGUGUGGUUUGGUUAUUAAUGGCAAAAAUUGAAUAUUGUUUUCAUUUUCAGUUGCGCAUUUUUCAUCAAAUUCAGCUGUCAUCUACUUAAAACUCAGUGCAAUCAGAAGUCCUUUCAAUUCUAUUGAUAAGCCUGAAUUUUUUAUCAGUAUGGAAGAAAGUGCUCUUUGUUAAUUUAGUACAAAAAACUCAUCUUUCGAUCUCAAAAAGAAACCAAGUGGACUUGAUUCUUGGAAUUGUUCUCAAUGUUUAAUACAUGAUUUGAGUAAAAUCAGACGACAAAAUUUAAAAUUAAAUGAAAAUUGAUAUUAAUUUGUUCUACCACAUAACGCAUAAAUAUGAUUUUUUACCCUGUCUAGUCCCACUAGCCAAAAAAUGAUCGCAAACUAUGUGACUUUAUUUUACUCGUAAAGGAAAACGUGAGUGAAAUAACAAAAAGCAAGAAUUGUAUUUAUGCCAGACUUCAAGGAUAAUUAACUAUGAUUGAGAUGUUAACAAAAAGGUAUCUAUUUAUUUAAAAAAAAAAGUUGUUUUCAGAAUUGAUGGUGGAUUUCAUAUCUCUUGUAUGAAUAUAAAAGUGUAUGUGUACGAUAAUGAUGAUAUUAUUUUUAUUGUGAUUGCAUUUAUGUUGUAACUCCCUCAGUUUUUAUUGAGUACCAGCUAUGACUAACAGCUUGCAUCUAAACGUUGGUACAGUGCAUAAGAAUUGCUUGAAAUCUGUCUCAUCGCAUUGCAUGUAGGGAAAUAACAAAUAAAGAAAUUACUUCUGAGAGUCGGUCUUGAAAAGCAAAAACAUUAAAAGCGCCAAAAGUUAAAUUAAAGGGAAAUGCAUGGAUUUGUCACAAAACUGCAAGUGUUGUAUGGACAUGUAUAAGAGCCUAUCAGAAAAAGCAAGGGGAAGAGACAUGAUUCCUGUUUUAUAUUUCAUUUGCCCACAACAUUAAUUGGUCAAAGAAUGCUAUGGCAAAGGAGUAAACAAAAAAUAUAUUAACAAAAAGUAAAAAAAAAAAUCACAAAUGAACAAAGGUGUAAAAAUAUAGAAGUGAAUUAAAUAUUGGAUUGCAUUAAAAAACAUUCCAUCGCAAAUUAACAAGAAAUAUCAUCAAAUUGAUUGUAAAAUACAAUUAUUAUUCUUAUGUGUACGUUAUCGAUUAAUGAAAAUACAUUAUAAGCGAGCUGUAUGUCAAUGCUGUGAACUUUUUUAAAAAUAAUAAAAUUAAUUGAAA